AUGUCGAUGCAAGAGAGCGGGAUGCAUCGAACGGCCCCUGGGCGGUUAACCAAAAUAUAUUCGGACACGAAAAAGUCAUAUGACUUCACGACAUCACCAUCAGUAACCAUGGACGGAGAUCCUCAGCUUAGAAGUCUCCAUCGGAGUUUACGGACCCAGAAAGACCGGCUGAUGAACUGGGGGUUGGACUGGAGCGAUAAGAAUGCUCAGCAGGGUGAUAUCGAUCAGCCGCUUGAACGUGCUGGUUUAACCAGUCUUGUGGAGAGCUUGAUGACAUCCAUCAAGGAGAUUCUCGAUGAGGCAGAGAACAUGUCUCGUAAGAACAAUGGCCUUCCAGGCUAUCGAGGCUGGGAGAAGAGCUCUCACCAGGGCCUUCAUCACAGUCUUUGGACGGCGGCAGACAAAACGCGGCUGCAUGAUUUAGUCAAGGAUCUAACUACUUCCAUUGACACCUUGUAUGAUCUUUCAGGGUCCUUGAGAGGAGUCAUGUCGCCUGUCGAAAAAGGAACUCAGCACAAGGAGAGCCUUCGGCGAGAGUAUUUGCUUACCAAUGAUUAUCCGUCUCCGGCGCUCUCAGGAAUAGCUUCAGAACUUGGAGAGAAAGCAAAGUAUCCAGAAUUCUCUCCCGUUCAAGAAAGAGUGUUGGCCAAGAUUGAUCCUUCUGCCCUCAUCUUUUCUGAUCACUCUCCCUGGGCAUCCUCACGUCCGCCUCCAUACGAAGCCAUCAUGACACAAUCCAACGAGCGAACGUUAGCUUACCUCCGAGAUCCGAGCAGUAUCUCUGAAAGGUGGAUGGUGGAGACGUAUGGAGUCCCGGUCGUACCGGUAAUGAUAGAGUAUGCUGUGUUUGACCCAAUCUACAGUCAAACUGGCAUCGCUCCGCCACUGGAUCGCUUGCAUUCACUGGCGAGCGUACUUCAUCACUGCGUCCAGCCCGGAAAUUACCAUACCAACGGCGUUUUAAGACUUGUGGGCUACUUUGAAGCUUCUAGCUCCUGCUACGGGUUGAUUUAUGAGCUGCCGAGAUACGUUUCUCUUCUGCAAAACGCGUUUGAAUUAUCCUUGGCCGCAAUCAUGCCCAUUAGUCUUUUGAGCAUGCUCCAGGCCAAUAUCACCUCCUCAAGCUCCCAGUUUCCAGACUUGGAGGUUCGUCUUCGACUAGCAUAUGGCUUGACGUCGACUCUCUUUGAAUUACACUCCCGAGGGUUCCUUCAUCGUGGCAUGAAUAGUAACAAUAUCCUCUUGUUCCCCCAAGACAAAUCGGCAAGCGGCACUUUCGUAAGAUAUCCGCCAAUCGCCGAAAAUAAAAACGCAGAUCUUCGCAAGCCAUACCUUUCCUCCUUUGAUAUAUUCUCUGAAGAUGGCGUUGAUGCAAGCCAAGAAUACAGGUCCCUGGACAUUUAUCGCCACCCCCUGGAACCUCGCCAUGAUAGCACGCGAAAGCAGAGAUACUUCCCAUCUUUUGACAUUUACAGCCUCGGUCUUAUCUUGCUCGAAAUUGGCCUCUGGAUGCCGCUCAGCAGCUUCUGGAAACACAAAUAUACCCCGGGCAUGUUCAAGUCAAGGAUUGAAACAAUUUAUGUCAAGAAGCUCGCGGCAAAGUGCGGAAGCUGCUACAUGCGAGCUGUACAGCAAUGUCUGGCGAUAGGAGGUAGUGAACAAGUCAAACCCAAAGCUUAUUCCGUCAUCUUGGAAAGGUUGCAACGCUGCUGCAUGAUUGACGAGCAUGACCCCCCACCUCAAAUCUCGCCAAUGCUGGAAACUCAGCUAUCUCGAAACUCACCCGCCAUCUCUUCGAGCUUUUCCCCAUUAUCGCUCUUCUCAAUGCCCGUGGCUGGCUUCCCUGAGUUGGCGCUUCCUGCUUCGCGGAGCAGCCCGAGUCUUGGUCAGAAACAAAAAGAAAAGGAGUCCCAGUUUACCGUUCCCAGAAAAUCCCUCAGUGCUGAUAGCAGGAUUUUCGACUCCAAACCCGCCCAAUCCCCGAUAACUGCAUCACCGAAGCUUCAGCUAGAGCCUUUGGAAAGCCCGCCCAAAAAGCGCAAGAUUAAAGUAUAUCCUGCCAGGGUGACGCCAGAGCUGCUAUCUGAUUGGCAUGAAAAUCUAUUGCCUCGAUUGGAGCGAAUCUUGGAAAAGACUGUGAAAGACCCUUGUGAGACAGUGAGCAUGGACCUCGUUAGUGCUGGCGAGUCCAAGGAGACUGCCAAACCCACCAUUGUGGUGACUUGCUCUAGCGUGGUAAAGGUUAAGGCUGUUCUAAGUCGCCGUUUGAAAUACGACAAGAGCAAGUACGAACUUCGCGUCCGGAAAGGAAAAGUGCGUCGAUCAAAGGCUCCAGGCGGCCGCCGCAAUGGCCCUCAGAAGUCACUGGUGAGCGAUCCCGAGGAGCGAGAUGCUUCCCCGGCAAAUCCAUUUCACCAGACACGCCCGCUUUGUGGAGCAUCUAUUGGAGCCUUCACGUUCAAUGGAAAUGGUUCGGGCGCAGGCUCCCAUUCCGGUGCAGGCUCAUAUGGUGGCGUGGUCCUAAUAGAUGGCGAACCAUUCGGGAUGACAGUGCAUCAUCUGCUCGACGAGCCGAGUGAUUUCGAUGAUAGUGAUGCGGAGAGUAAAACUCGUUUGGAUUCUGCUUCAUCGGGCAAGGCUCGGCCGUCGAUGGCAAGUAGAGGGGCCGAGGACCGUCGCUGGCAACCAAUACAGACCGCUCCAGAACAGGGAAUUGAAGAUGACGAGGAGUACGCAUACGAGAUGACAGACGACGAGGGGUACAACGACUCUGCAGAUGAAAGUCACUCGGAGCAUACUGGGGAAGAAUUCGACGACGUGGAAGAGUACAGUGAGGAUGAGAGCGACGAGGAGUCUGACGAUUCUUUUGGUGAUACUGCAGGCAUCAAGCCGGGAGACGGUGAGGGCUUGAUCAUCACGCAGCCCGCUUACCAGGAUGUGGAUGAAGGAUUUUUCUUAUCGUCGUCAGAUAAAGACGGAAAGCACUUGAAUGAGCAUUCGCUUGGAUAUGUGCAUGCGUCAUCUGGAUCAAGAAGACUCAAGCAAGGUGGCAUCCAUCACGAGAUUGACUGGGCACUGCUCAAACUCCAUGAAGAGCGUCUGCAGCCUUUUAAUCUCGUCCAAGGCGGGAAGCGUUAUGCUCGGAAAGGUGGCUGCCAGUCGAGGCCUACUUUACGGGACCCCGUCUGCCGCAAUAAUUACCACCCAGAGGAGGAUCUGUACCCUGUGGAGGUUGCGGGGAUGAAUGAUCUGGGCGGCAAGGAAGUGCACUGUUUUGGGCGUACGAGCGGCUUGCAACAAGGGGUUAUCAAUCCGGCCAUGAGUGCGCUCAAGUUGAAUGGUCGACUCACAUUUUCCCACAGCUUCCACGUCUGGGGUAACUUUGGAAUGGGCGGCGACUCUGGAGCCUGGGUCAUCGAUAAUGAACGUGGCAGCGUCUGUGGCCACGUCCUUGCAUGGUCAUCCAAUUUCUUCACGACAUACAUUUGCCCCAUGCAACUUCUCGUUCAAGAUAUUGCUCGCACCGUCAACGCUACCACCAUUAGCCUUCCUCUCGGAGAACACAUUGCACCCGCGACAGAGUCCUGCAUAAUGGCAGGUUUUGCUGGUCCCCGAGCACAUCCUCAGCAUCGAUCGGUGCCGCUUGACAUGUUCGCCCCAGCCGGUAUCUAUGCGCCCGAGGUGCCCUGGGACUUGAACGAGACCGAGGACGAGGGUGAAGGUGCCUACGAAGGCCGUGGUCGUUCUGAAGUCGGGUACUAUGACGAUGCCAAUAAAGAGAAUACCCGCACCGGCGACUACGGUGGUGACUACGCGUCUCAACUGACCGACGACGUAAUGGACAUGUUCAAAGCGCGCCUUCGUCGAAAAAUCACCAUCUCGGACUCUCUUGAAGGAUUACGGAUCCGAUCGAGUCCAAGCCCUGAACCCGAGCCGGAUAUGCCUUCUCGCUCAUCUACUGGCGCAGCAUCAUUGAUGAAACCCCCUACUCGCCUUCCUCCUUUUCCUCCUUCUCCAACUGGCGCCACGGGAGCACGCUCACGCGCUCCCUCCGCUCCCUCCGCUCCUGGCUGCUCUCGCAAGGCGCCACUCCCGACAACUACGGCGCCUGCUGCUGUGCAUCCUCGUCCGCAUGCUCAUGCGCAACGGCUGUCAAGCCAGCUGGCUCAGGGUUAG